AUGAGCCCGGCGCUGGCGUCCGGCCGCCCCCCGGCCGGCGCCGUUGUGGGCGUGGUCCUGCUGCUGCUGCUCAUCGGCGCCAUGCUGGUGCUGGUGGUCUGGCUCCGCCGCCGCCACCGGGACAAGGGCCAGCGCGCCCCCGGCGGGGGCUACACCCCCAGCGUGGGCUACACGCCCGCCGUGCACACCGCCGCCUGCAGGCUGCCAGAACUUUUUGUGUUGUUUUUUCUCAUUUAA